AUGAUGCGCAAGACUUCUAAAACAAAACAAUCAACUCGAACAAAAGCUGAUGGUCAUCAGGGAAAGAAACUGAUCAUUGAGCAACCCACUGAAGAUUUUGAUUCUAAUAAAGAGGGGAAGAAAUCAGAGGCCCAAAUGCAGAGCCAAGAGAUGGGUUACAGUGGAAGCAGCGCCUCCUCUAGCGUCACAACAACUAGGAAUGACAGAAGCUCGGAUGCAUCCUUAUCCCCAGUUGGUCGUUCUGAUCAAAAGAGGGCACCAAAAACUGAGGUUCAUCCCAAUGCUCUCAAGAACAUCAAGAACCCUACACUCUUGCAGGCUUCCGUAAGUGAUAUCAUCAACCCGAAUGAAGGCAAAAUACUGUCUCAUUGUCGGAGGUCUCUUUCUUCAAUCGAUUUCCGAAGUGUCGAUCUGGAAAUAUAUCAAAACUCUUCGAAUUCGACAAAGAUAAGGCCAUCAAGGAUAAUCCUCUCUAAGAUGUCCAGUGCCCAUCACAAUCAGCACAUCAACGGCACACGAGAUGCCACACAAGUAACCUCUGUACAGUUGCGUGGGAUGCCAUAGAGGGUCCAGGUUUUCAGUGAAGACGAGGAACAGCAGUAGUCUG